GCUAUCUUAUAAAUGGCAACAUUCGAUUGGCUUCAUUUUAGCUCACUGAUACGAUUAAAAGCGUUUCAUUCGUUUAUUAUUGUAGUUUUCGCUUUCUCGUUUUCGAAUUUUUUGUGUUGUUAUCUUCACUUGUAAUUUAAUACUUUAAUAUAAAAUGCGUAAAAGAAAGUCACUUAAGAAGGCGGACGAUGAAUCCGACGCCUCAGAGCCUGGGGCUGAACCAGAAGAGUUCCAAGAUUCAGGAGAGGACUGGACGCCGGAUGCCGAUUCGAAUGAACAGCCUGCUCGGGGAGGUAGAAAACGCACAUCAAGGGGUUCUUUAAAUAAUUCUAAAAAGAAACGUAAAAAUUCAUCAUCUGAGGAGAGUGAAGGAGAAGGAGAGGAAGAUGAAGAAGGAGAAGACGAUGAAGGAGAAUUAGAUGAAGAUGAAGGCUCUGACGAUGAGAAGAACGGCUCUGAUGGAAACAAGUCCGAUUCAAGUCAAUCUAAAGAUAUACCAAAGCAUUUUCAUUCUGGUAACUUUGUUCUGUUAAAAUCUGACGUGAAAUGGGACGGUGAUACAGUUAUUUCAAAAUUGGAUGAAUUAAAUCUGUGGAAAAUUGAUGGAAAAGCUUUAUUACAAAAAUUCAUUCCAAUGGAAUCAAAUGGAAAGAUAUUACAUAAAUGUACAUGUGUGUACUCAGGAUGGAAUGUUGACAACCGUGACAACUAUUACCCAAUUACUGAAAUUUUGGACAGAAAUCCACGUACAGACUCAAAGGAAAUAUGUGUAGCAUUAGAUCUUAAUGAUCUUAUCAAAGUAAGAGACAAGUAACAUGUGAAGUUUUUUUACUUAAUUCAACUAGAUAAGUCUAAACAAAUGUAACAAAUAAAUUUUUUUUGGCACUUCAUUCCAGUUUACUUUGUGUAAUUCAUUUUUAAAAUGGCAAUUAAAUGUUCAUUAAAUUUAAAAA